CUUCUCUCCGUCUCGCAUCGAGUACUGCUGUUGCCUCAGGGCGAUUAAAAUUAGUCCAAUAACAGGCUUAGUACAGACACGUGAAGAUGGCUCAACUUCUCAGUGGCAAGGAGGUGUCAGCAGAGAUUCGAUGUAAACUGAAGGAGGAGGUAACUGCUCUACAACAGACGUUCCCAGGGUUUGAACCAGGCUUAGCCAUUGUACAGGUGGGUAACAGAGAAGACUCCAAUGUGUACAUCCGCAUGAAACUAAAGGCAGCUGCGGAAGUGGGGAUUAACGCUCAGCAUAUCCGUCUGCCAGAGACGUCUACGCAACAAGAGGUUGUUCGGUCUGUGGAAAAUCUGAACAGGGACCCCAAAAUCCAUGGCAUCAUUGUGCAGCUGCCCCUGGAUUCUGUGCAUACUAUAGAUGCCCACCUGGUCACAAACACAAUAGCUCCUACCAAAGAUGUGGACGGGUUACACAGUGUGAAUGCUGGUAAACUGUCCCGGGGGGAUCUGGAUAGCUGUAUCCCGCCCUGUACCCCAUUUGGGUGUCUCGAGCUUAUUAAGAGAUCAGGAAUUGAGAUCAAGGGCAAGAAAGCUGUUGUUGUUGGUCGCAGCAAGAUCGUGGGUGCCCCCAUGUCUGACCUCCUGCUGUGGAAUCAUGCCACGGUUACAGUGUGUCAUUCUAGAACGGCCGACCUGAAGGCAGAGGUUCAGGCUGCUGACAUUCUUGUGGUAGCCAUCGGCAAACCCAAACUAGUGAAGGGAGAUUGGAUCAAGGCAGGGGCUGUGGUCAUAGACUGUGGUAUAAACUCUAUCCCAGACAGCAGUACCAAGUCCGGGAAACGGUUAGUUGGAGACGUGGACUUUGAAGAGGCCAAGUCUGUGGCAUCGUGGAUUACACCGGUCCCUGGGGGUGUGGGGCCGAUGACUGUGGCUAUGUUGAUGAAGAACACUGUAGAUAAUGCCCGUACAAGUGCCGAGGCUGGAGAGCUCUCUGGUAAUUGGCGUAUUGGAUAUCUACCUCUGACCUUGAAAACCCCAGUGCCCAGCGACCUUGAAAUUGCCAAAUCCCAGACACCCAAGGACAUAAGCAUUCUUGCCCAGGAGAUCAAUCUUUUGCCAGAGGAGGUAGAUUUGUAUGGAAAGAAGAAGGCCAAGGUUUCUCUGAGAGUCCUGGACAGGCUCCGAGUACAGAAAGAUGGCAGAUAUGUUGUUGUGGCAGGCAUCACACCGACCCCUCUAGGAGAAGGGAAGAGUACCACAACUAUAGGACUAGCUCAGGCUCUGGGGGCAGAGCUCAAGAAGAAUGUGGUGGCCUGUGUGCGUCAGCCUUCCCAGGGACCUACAUUUGGCAUCAAAGGUGGCGCAGCAGGUGGAGGCUACUCCCAGGUGAUCCCUAUGGAGGAGUUCAACCUUCACUUGACAGGUGACAUUCACGCUAUCACGGCGGCCAAUAAUCUGUCAGCUGCCAUUGAUGCCCGAAUGUUCCACGAGAGCACGCAGACAGAUGAGGCUCUCUACAAGAGACUCGUCCCCACCAUCAAGGGCAAGAGGUCGUUCUCUGCCAUACAGCUGCGGCGGCUCAAGAAAUUAGGCAUUACAAAGACGGACCCUAAUGAACUGACUCCAGAGGAGAUAACAUCAUUUGUCAGGCUGAACAUUGAUAAGGACACAAUCACCUGGCAGAGAGGUAGUGUUAGAUACCAUGACAGAUUUCUAAGGAAGAUCACCAUAGGACAAUCUCCCACAGAGAAAGACAAGACCAGGCAGACACAAUUUGAUAUAACUGUGGCUAGUGAAAUCAUGGCUGUGCUGGCCUUGACGACCAGUUUGGCUGACAUGAGAGAGAGGCUGGGGAAAAUGGUGGUGGCCACUGAUAAGAGUGACCCUGUCACUACAGAUGAUCUUGGAGUAAGUGGUGCCUUGACAGUCCUGAUGAAGGAUGCAAUCAGACCUAACCUCAUGCAGACUUUAGAGGGCACCCCUGUUUUUGUACAUGCAGGCCCUUUUGCUAACAUCGCUCAUGGCAACUCUUCCAUCCUUGCUGACCGAAUUGCAUUGAAACUGGUGGGAGAAAAUGGCUUUGUAGUGACAGAGGCUGGCUUUGGGGCAGACAUUGGAAUGGAGAAGUUUUUUAACAUCAAGUGUCGCUACUCGGGUCUGGUGCCUAAUGCGGUUGUUCUGGUUGCCACGGUGAGAGCCCUCAAGAUGCACGGGGGAGGACCCACGGUAACGGCGGGUGUGGCGUUACCCAAGGAGUACACAGAAGAGAAUAUUGAACUUGUGAACAAAGGUUUUGCUAACCUGAGAAAGCAGAUUGAAAAUGCUAAGAAAUUUGGCGUUCCUGUAGUUGUAGCAAUUAAUGCUUUCAGCACCGACACUACAGCUGAGCUAGAAGCUGUCCAGAAGAAUUGUAAGGAAGCCGGUGCCUUUGAUGCUGUCAUUUGUCGUCACUGGGCUCAGGGAGGGGCUGGGGCAGUGGAAUUAGGAAAAGCUGUUGAGAAAGCCUCUAAACAAGCCAGUCAUUUCAAAUUCCUGUAUGACCUCAAGCUACCGAUUGAGGGAAAGAUAGAGAUCAUAGCUAAGGAGAUUUAUGGUGCUGAUGGGGUGGAGCUAAAGCCAGAGGCCCAGGAACAGAUUGAUCGCUACAGGAAGCAGGGUUUUAAUGACCUUCCAAUCUGCAUGGCUAAAACCCACCUGUCCCUUUCUCAUCAGCCGGAGCUAAAGGGUGCGCCCACAGGGUUUACCCUGCCCAUCCGGGACGUCCGUGCAAGCGUGGGUGCCGGAUUCAUAUACCCUCUUGUGGGCACGAUGAGCACGAUGCCUGGACUUCCCACGAGGCCUUGCUUCUUUGACAUCGACAUCGACCCAGAGACGGAGGAGAUUGUUGGACUGUCGUAAUGAGAAGACCAAAUCUAUCGUAAAUCUAUGAAACACCAUAUGUCCUGCAGUGCUCUUUCAUAUGCAUAUUUCUUUGAAUUCCAUAAUGUUUUUGUUGUAGGGAAACAGAAUAAUUGUUGUGUUUUUUUUGUUUGAAUGUAUCUCUAUAACACAAAGAGAUGGUUUUAAAGUAUUUUUUUUUUUGCAUAAUGGCAGUGUAAGAACUGUUUUCAGUGUUAAAAUUCAACACUUGUCACUGUAUGAAGUGCAAAAGAUAAUUUGCAAUAAAAAGGAAUCUACUGCUUAGCACAGAACAAAAAAAUUAUUACCUGACAUAAGUGUUAAAAUUUGAGUGUUGUUUUGCCAUGUACAAUAGACUUAUUUGGAAUGACAUUUAAAGGCUCAUUAAUCUUGUUAAUUUACAUAAACAUACAAAUAUAUGUGUUCAUGCUAUUGAACUUCCUCUGUCAAAUUAAGCUUAUCCCCUUUAUGAAUGACCUCAUGUCAUUCUCUUACAACAGUAUUUGUUUUGGGAAAGGGUGUGUGUGGCGGGGGGAGCUGAUGGUGCUGUUUGUCAUUGUGGGGACAUUUUAAGUAUUGAUACAUUUCUUGUUUUUACUUCACAGCCUUUAAGGCUGUAAGGUAUUGCCGUAGUCAUCUGUGUCUGUCUGUACCAUGCCACAAAACUAAUGGAUGGACAAUCCUCAACUUAAACUUGAUCUAAAUGUGACAUUUUUAUGUGUCUGGUUACAGUUAUUCCUGUCCUCCCUUUGAAUUAUCUCUGAAAUGAAGCAUGGUAAAAAAAGCCUCUCCAAGUAGUUCAAGUACUCGGGGUAGGAGGUUGGCAGGAAUAGAAGAAAAUCUGUCUGCAAAAAUGCAAUGAUUUAUGUAGUUAUGCAAAUUUCCAAAUAUUUGGGGGUCCGGUCUUAGGGGUUAGCACUUUGCAUAUUGUAUUUUAUCAUGUUUUUUUUUUUAAAAACCCUUUUUCUUUUAUAUGCCAUACAUUUUAAUAUGUAUUUGGUUGAUCAUGAACCAUGUCUGAAAUAUGAAGUACUGGAACUGUACGCGAUUGCUAAAUACUAUGUGAGGAGUUUGUCAGUUCCAUAGUUACCAGUGAUCAACAUCAUCCAUGAACAGCUUCCUAUUGUAAUGCAAUUAACUAUAAUGUACAGGGUUCGGUUGUUCAAAAGUGUAUUAAAAGUUAAGGUAGGCCAGUCCUGGCCUAAUACAAAACUAAUGGCAUUUUCGUCCAGACAAUUGUUAAUACAGGUAACACACUUUUGAAUGACUGGGCCCAGGUUUAUAGUGGUACCUUCAAUGUACAAGUAUAACAACAGCCAAGGUAGUUCAUAAAUAUCAGCCUAAUACAAAACUAAUGGCAUUUUAGUCCAGACUAUAGUUAAUACAGGUAACACACUUUUGAAUGACUGGGCCCAGGUUUAUAGUGGUACCUUCAAUGUACAAGUAUAACAACAGCCAAGGUAGUUCAUAAAUAUCAGCCUAAUACAAAACUAAUGGCAUUUUAGUCCAGACUAUAGUUAAUACCAGUAAUGCACUUUGAAUGACUGGGCCCAGGUUUAUAGUGGUACCUUCAGUGUACAAGUAUACCCAACAGCCAAGGUACUUCAUAAAUAUCAGCCUAAUACAAAACUAAUGGCAUUUUAGUCCAGACUAUAGUUAACACAGGUAACACACUUUUGAAUGACUGGGCCCAGGUUUAUAGUGGUACCUUCAGUGUACAAGUAUACCCAACAGCCAAGGUACUUCAUAAAUAGCAUCUAAGGAUAUGUACAUGUAUUACCUUGGUAUAGUAAACGGUAAAUGUCCCUGAAAAAUAAAUGUCAGUACAGAAGUGUUUUUUCUGUCAGUCUAUCCAGAAAUGAUUUCAAAUAAAUUUCAAACUGA